AUGCGCGCGCGCGCACCGAGCGCGCGUCGAGCGGUGCGCGCGCACGCGCGGGAUAAAUCGAAGCGGAAGAAUGCGCGAGCGGCGGAACAGAAGCGAUCGAUCGCCGAGCGCGAGCGCGCGCGGCGUGAACGCUCGAGCGCGAGCGCGGCGGAGGACGACGAGGACGACGCUCGAGGCGGGGGCGAGGGCGUGGGGUCGAGGGGGGCGUCGAACGCGUACGCGUUCAAGGCUUUGGAACUCGCGGGGUCGUACACGAAGGUCACGGGGAGGAAAUUGUUGGAGGGUCGCUUCAUGGUGCACGAGGCGGCGGUGGUGCUGUAUAACGCGCCGUUCGCGUGCGCGAGUCACGAUGCGGCGGAUGUGUUCGAUUACGGGAAUAAGGCGGCGCUGGGGUUGUUUGAGUUGGCGUUUGAUGACUUUGUGGGGAUGAAGAGCACGAAGAGCGCGGAUGAGGCGGACGCGGCGACGCAGGCCGAGAGAAGGGCGCUUUUGGACGAAGCGGCGGAAAAAGGGGUGAUUGAGAAUUACAGCGGCGUGCGAGUGAGCUCGACGGGGAGAAAGUUUCGAAUCGAGGACGCCACGGUGUGGACCCUCGCGGCUGCAGACGGGGAGAAAAUCGGGCAGGCGGUGCGGUUCGAUCGAGUCGUCCGGCUGAACGACGACGGAUCCGACGGUGACACCAUCAUCGUGAACGAUCAAGGCGAGUGGGUGACGGAGGGCGAAGACGACGAAGCGGCCGCCGCCGAAGAUGUGGACGUGGACAAGACCAAGGCGUGGAUUUCGUCGCUCGAGGAAUCCAUCAAAGCCCAAGGCGACGCGAUUCGCGCGCUCAAGGCCGAGGGCAAGACCAACGACGAAGCGGACGUGCAGGCCGCGGUCGAAAUUCUUUUAUCGCUCAAAUCUGAGCUCGAAAUCGAACAGGCCAAGAUCGCGAACUAG